UGAAGUACCCACGUCGCAUCGCUAGAGGAAGGGGGUCUAGGACGGGCUUUGUUUGUGGAUGUGAAUGAGCAGCAUCAACCACCUCCAGAAAUGUGGACGGAUAAUAUAAGGAUUUUACUACUUUUUCAUUUGUUGGCCCUGAAGCUUCAUUCAUCCGAAGCAGCAGCGGAUGACUGUGAGGAUGGACAGUUCCAGUGCAGCAACCAAAGGUGUAUUCCCGCCAUUUGGAAGUGUGACGAUGACGACGACUGUUCGGACAACAGUGAUGAAGAGAAUUGUCCCCGGAGGACGUGUGCCCCGGCUGAGUUUGCGUGUCUGAACGGUCAGUGUGUCCCCGGCCGCUGGCGCUGCGAUGGGGAGCCGGAGUGUCCCGACGGCUCGGACGAGGCUGAGGUCACCUGCAGCAAACAGACCUGCCCUCCUGAGAAGUUUGAUUGCGGGGGUUCUACCAACAAGUGUGUCUCGUUGUCAUGGAGAUGUGACGGCGAGAAGGACUGCGAGAACGGCGCGGAUGAGAAAGACUGCGCUUCUGACGCCAAGGCCUGCCCCCGCGGCGAGUUCAUGUGCGGUAACCGGAAGUGCCUGGCGAGCGUGUACGUGUGCGACGGAGACGACGACUGCGGCGACGGCUCUGACGAGCUGAAGUGUGCGGCGCAGAUGACCUGCGGGCCGGACCACCUGCGCUGCAACUCCACCGAGUGCGUGCCGCUGAUGUGGAGCUGCGACGGGGACCCCGACUGCGCCGACGGCUCCGACGAGGGCCCGGCGCGCUGCGGCGGUGGCGGCGGCGAGGGGGGCGGGCCCCCGUACCCCACGCAUCGCCGCGCCAACUGCACGGCCGGCGAGUUCCGCUGCGCCAACGGGGAGUGCGUGCGCCUGGCGUGGAAGUGCGACGGCGACCCCGACUGCAAGGACAAGUCGGACGAGCUGGACUGCCCCCUGUUGACGUGUCGUCCAGAUGAGUUCCAGUGCGGCGACGGCUCCUGUAUCCACGGCACCAAGCAGUGCAACAAGGUCCACGACUGCCCCGACCACAGCGACGAGAGCGGCUGUGUCAACGCCACUAGGUGUGAGGGCCCGCUGAAGUUCCUCUGUAAGAACGGGGAGUGCAUCGACAGCAGCAAGGUGUGUGACUCUGUGAAGAACUGCAAGGACCGUUCAGACGAGCCAAAGAAAGAGUGUGGGUUGAACGAGUGCCUGAUUAACAACGGCGGCUGCUCCCACAUCUGCACGGAUCGACCAAUCGGCUUCGAGUGCCAGUGUCCCGCUGGGUACCAGCUGCUGGACAAGAAGACUUGUGGAGACAUUAAUGAGUGUGAAGACCCGGCAGCGUGCAGCCAGAUGUGUGUCAACUACAAGGGGGACUUCAAGUGUGAGUGCUACGAGGGCUACGAGAUCGACCCCGUCACCAAGACCUGCAAGGCCGAGGGGAAGAGUGCGUACCUGUUGGUCACCAACCGCCACGAGAUCCGCCGCAUCGACCCGGUGAAGCGCGAGUACACCCAGGUGGUCUCCACCCAGAAGAACGCCGUGGCUCUCGACGUGGACGUGGCCAACAACCGCAUCUUCUGGUCCGACCGCUUCCACCGCAAGAUCUACAGCGCCUUCAUCCAGGAGGCCAGUGAGCCCAGCCAGCAGGUGCCCCUGCUGCAGGCCUCGCUCCAGGCCCCGGUGGGGCUGGCUCUGGACUGGCUGCAGCACAACCUGUACUGGACGGACGCCGGCCACAAGACGGUGUCCGUGGCCUCGGUGGACGGCGCCCGCCGCCGCGUCCUGGUCUCCACCGAGCUCAGCGAGCCGCGCGCCGUCGUCCUGGACCCCCACAACGGGUUCAUGUACUGGUCGGAUUGGGGAACGCCGGCCAAGAUAGAGAAGUCUGGGAUGAACGGCGUGGACCGGCAGGUGCUGGUGAACAGCCACAUCGAGUGGCCCAACGGCAUCUCUCUGGACGUGGCUAACAGGCGUCUCUACUGGGUGGACUCCAAGCUGCACCUGAUCGCCAGCGUGGAUCUGAACGGAGCGCACCGCCGCACGCACCUGGCCUCCGCCCAGACGCUGGGCCAGCCCUACGCCCUGGCCGUGUUCGAGGACCGUAUCUAUUGGACAGACAGGGAGAAGGAGGCCGUCUUCUCAGCCAAUCGGCUGACGGGACAGGACAUCCAGGCUCUGGCCGAGCACCUCAACGACCCCCUUGACAUCGUGGUGUUCCACCAGCUCCGUCAGCCCCCAGGCCCAGACAGCUGUAACCUGGGCAGUGUGGCCAACGGCGGCUGCGAGUACCUGUGUCUGAAGGCGCCGCAGAUCACAGAGCACUCCCCCAAGUACACCUGCGCCUGCCCCGACGGCCAGGAGCUGGGCGCCCACAUGCGCCGCUGCGUUCCAGCUCCGCCGCGGGACCAGACGCCCCCGCCCUCCUCCUCCCCCCCGCCCCCCUCCACCCCCCCGCCCCCCUCGCGCUCCGACGCCGUGACCCCCCCCCGGGACGGCGACGCCAUCUCCCAGGCCGACGGCGUCCCCCACCUGACCACGGGGCCCCCGGUGGCCCCGCCCACGCCGCUCACGCCCCUCCCCCCCGCCACGGCCCCGGGCCCCGCCGAGGACACCGUGUCGCUGGCGCCGGAGCCAAGCCCCGCCCCCACGGUGAAGCUGGCCCCGCCCACCCAGCCCGGGGACAGCAGCGUCUCGCAGCACUCUGGAGGAGAGGGUUUCAUCAUGGGGGAGAACCUGACUGUGGCUGUGCUGGGGGUUGUAAUCCCCAUAGUCCCUGUCGUUGCCACAGUGGUGUUCGGGCUGCUGUGCGCCGGUCUGUACGUGGCGUGGCGUAACUACCGCCGCCACGCCACCAAGAGCAUGAACUUCGACAACCCGGUGUACCGCAAGACCACCGGGGAGGGCGAGGACGACGAGAUCCACAUCGGGCGGGCCGACGCCAUGACGCAGCACGGCCAGCAGCAGCACCACCACCACCACCACCACCACCACCCGUACCCGCCCGGCGUGGGCAUGGGCGUCAUGGCGACCGGUGGGAGCGUGGGCGGCGGCAGCGGCGGCGGCGUGGUGGGCGGGGGCGGCGGGGGCACCUGCCCGCAGUUCAUCACGCUGCCCCUAGGGGGCGGCAUGGCGGACCCGGGGACCCACUGGUACACGGAGCAGCCCAUGCUCUCCCCGUCAUCCAAGUGACCUCUCCCCCCCCCGACCUCCCCCGCCCCCCUCCCCCCCCCCCCCCCCCUCCCCCUGUGCUGACGGACGGGGAGGGGGCGUCAGGACUGACCGGCCCCUUUGGGGGCACACGUCGCGAGGUCAAAGGUCACUCAGGCUAAGGUUCCACGUUGUUUCUUCUUUCAUACUGCUGACCUGUGUCUCCACGCCGCCCGGGUCUCUGUGUGACUCAGCACUCACGGAAACCGUCGCUGUGAACCGGAUCCGUUUCCGGACGUCUUUCUGGACAAUUCAUCCCAACACAUCUCAACCGUUACCGAGUAAUAAACCCCGGAGUUGGUCGACCUUCCUGUCAUCGGCCAGCUCGCAGUGCGUCAUUAAGGGCUGGCAUAGCGAGGCUGCCCCUAGCUGGGGACUACAGUACCCGGGCGUCUAGCGGGCUGGGCCUCUGUCUGCGUCACGGUGCCACAGGGCAGGGCUACGGAUUGAUGUCGCUACGCAGCGGCCUUGGUCCUGGCUCGUACCUUCCUUGGCCGCUGUUUGGUCCCCGUGGAAGAGCGCCUCGCUGUGGGAAACGGGCUCUGAAAGGAAGGCAAAGACAGACGCACCGGGGGGCGGAGGGGAAGUAGGACAGCACCUUUGUCCGAACUUCAUCACGUGCUGUUUCAGCCUACUGCCCCCUCCGUCCCCCCCUCCACCUCUGGACGGAUCAUGGUCAUCAAGGUUCUUCCUCGGCCCGCUGUCCUUGACCGUCGGGGACACGUCGCGCUGAAUUCGAUCUGUUAUCGUGUGUUCCUUCACGGGGCGUUUUUUUUUUUAGAUUUAGUUUCCUCCUGAAAAGACACGUUCAAGGGCGUCGGCGAGCUUUCCCGAGGCUGUACACGGCUGGCGGGAGGUCGCUCAAACCUUUACCUCAAGUAGAGUGACUCCACUGAGAACUCCUCUCAGGAGACGCCGUCUGCAUUGUUUUGUUGCGGAGACGAUGCGAGAUUAAUGAUCCGUGAGUUCUGGGAGAAGAAGAAGAUAAUGACGGUUUUCCUCGAGAGGCUCUGCCUAGUUGGCCCGGUCGGAGCGUUCCGUGAUAAGCAAUAGACGGUUGCGUUCCUUAAUGGGAGUUGAGCCGUCGCCACGACUCCCUCGCUUCUGCUGCUCCUCCAGCCGUCGGCGGGCCAGAGGGGAGCCACACCUGGCGUGUGUUUGGUGGGUUUGUAUUCAUGUUCUCUUCGGAUCGAUUGAAAAAAGCACACCCACACGGGGUGCACCCCGCAGCAUCCAACGUGCACUUAGACCACGUGCACCUAGCCAAGGGAGAGAACCACGAGCAGCAUGCAUCACCUGCCAAACAGACACCACAGUCACACACUGAUAAAUGACUGGGCGCACGCACACACACACACACACACACACACACACACACACACACACACACACGUUCAUACACAUGCACACACACACACACAUGGUGGGCCUGUUGCUGUUGUUGUGUUAAAAACAGUAGACACCUUCACUCACAGCAGAACCUGAACACAAACUUUCUCAUUCAGAAGAAAUUUAAAACUGACUUAGCAGGGGCCAAGUGUGUAUGUGUGUGUCUGUGUGUGUGUGUGUGUGUGAAUCUUUGGUGUGUGCGUUUGUGUGAGUCUACACGUGUGUGUGUGGUUAAGUCUUUGGUGUGUGUGUGUGUGUGUGUGUGUGUGUGUGAGUCUACGUGUGUGUGUGUGUGUGUGUGUCGAGGGGGGGGGGUGACUUCAGUGUGUGCGUGUGUGUGUUCAAGACCGUGCACGUGUGUGAUGCUCCUACCAUAGCCAUAAUUGAACCAUUUUGUAAGCUCUCUGUUGCACAACCCUCUUAGAAUGCCUUCUGUACUGUGCAGGUCUGCAUGGUGUGUGCGUGUGCGCGUGUGUGGGUGCGUGUGUGUGCAAAACUAAAAUGUUUGUGUCAAGAUGGAGUGUUAAUGGGGAUCAUUUUUGAAUCACUGAUAUGUAAAUAAGUUUUCGUAUGGCAAACGUUUUUUUAUAAUGUAUUAUAAAAAACAUCUGUAAAAGAGAAGCUGUACAUACAAAUUGUAGAUAACCCAAAGUGUUGACAGUUAUAUUAAUUUAUUUGUAUAAAAACAGAGCACUGCAAUUUCCUGCAUUGUAAGAAAAUGUAAUUUAUUCACCAAGUGUUUGUUGUGUUGUUUCUUGCCCGUGCAUCAUUUUACCGUAUACUGUCUUCUGUUUCCAUUCUUCUGUGCUACUCUUUGCUUUCCCGUCACCCGUCACUACUUUCCUCUCCCAGAAUAUGUCAACACCUUUAGUUUUUAAAAACCUGCUGAGUUUGUGUUUAUUUGUGCCUUUUUGGUUUACGUUCUGUUGACGUUCUGAGGCGUUUGCCUCCAGAUGACCGAGUGUUGCAGACUCUGCAGUAGGCCUACAGCCUCGCUCUGCACCAAGGGGGGAAACACAGUCCAUCCGUUGCUUUCCUGUCAUGUUAUUUUGACUAUCUCUAUAUAUUGAUAUAUAAAAUUUGAUUGAAAUGUU